GCCCCGGGGGGCGGCGCGGUGGCUGCGGCCCCGGGCGACAUGUACCUGCUGGACGGCAGCAGCGAGCCCGCGUCUCCGCCCGCGGAAGCGAUGCCGCGCGGGACACCCCCCAGGAAGACCGUCUACCGUAUCUCCGUGACCAUGGUCAGGAAGGACCAGCUGGCCGCGCCGGUUCCCGGCGGUCCCGACCCGCGGCCGCCUCGGAGGCCCCGGCCCACACGCUCCCCGGACGCGCCCGGGCGGCUGGUGGAGGAGGCCGAGGAGGAGGCUGCGAGCGCUGAGGACCCCGAGGGCCGCGGGCCGCGCGCCUGGGACUUCCGUACCUUCCGCACCCGCAGCACUGGGCAGCUGGAGCUCGGGCGGCUCCGGCCUUGCGCACGCGGCCUCGAGCCCGCGGACCUGGCCAGUGGCCCCCCAGCAAAGGAUGAGGGGCCCGGCUCGCCCCCGCCUGGCAGCCCCGAUGUGGAGGGGGUCCGGGCCGCACCCCUACGGCGGAGCCUCAGCUUCAGGCACUGGAGCGGUCCCGAGGCGUCGCAGAGUCGAGCACUGGGCCGAGGGAGGCGCCACAGCAGCUCCGGGAGUCUGGCCUGGGCACCGGGUGGCGAGGCCACGGCCGACCCGUUGACAGUGAUGGAGCCCGCGGCCCCAGCGCUGCCCGCCUCGGAAAAGCGCAACACCCUGGACGUGGGCGAGGUGCUUAGCAAGAACGAUGCGCUCUCGGACCUGGAGCGCUGGGAGCGCAGUAAGAGCAAGAACCGCACGCUGGACAACAGCGACCUGCAGCGGCUGGAGCGUGCGCGGGCGGCGGCCGCGGGCUCCGGCGCCGCUUCUGAGCACCGGCUGCUGCGCUUCUUCAGCGGCAUCUUCGCGCGCAGGGAUGGUGUGCCCGGCGGCGGGCCCUCUCCCCGGAGCGGCUCCUCGCGACCCCGCGGCUACUUCAGCAGCCUGCGGCGGGCCCCAGCCGAGGCGCACUCGUCCAGCGCUGAGAGCAUUGACGGGUCCCCGCGCAGAGAUGCCUUUGUGAAUAGCCAGGAAUGGACGUUAAGUCGAUCUGUGCCGGAGCUCAAAGUGGGCAUCGUGGGUAAUUUGGCCAGCGGCAAGUCGGCCCUGGUGCACCGAUAUCUGACCGGCACGUAUGUCCAGGAGGAGUCUCCCGAAGAUAUGGAUGCAGGUGGCAGGUUCAAGAAAGAGAUCGUUGUUGAUGGACAGAGCUACCUGCUGCUGAUUAGAGAUGAAGGGGGCCCCCCAGAGGCGCAGUUUGCCAUGUGGGUGGACGCUGUGAUAUUUGUCUUCAGCUUAGAGGAUGAGAUAAGCUUCCAGACCGUUUACCACUACUACAGUCGGAUGGCCAACUAUCGGAACACGAGCGAGAUCCCUCUGGUUCUGGUGGGGACCCAGGAUGCCAUAAGUUCCACUAACCCACGGGUCAUUGACGACGCCAGGGCGCGGAAGCUGUCCAGCGACCUGAAGCGCUGCACCUACUAUGAGACGUGCGCCACGUACGGGCUGAACGUGGAGCGGGUCUUUCAGGAUGUUGCCCAGAAGAUUGUGGCCACGAGGAAGAAGCAGCAGCUGUCCAUCGGGCCCUGCAAGUCGCUGCCCAACUCCCCCAGCCACUCGUCCGUCUGUUCGGCACAGGUGUCCGCUGUGCACAUAAGCCAGACAAGUAACGGAGGCGGGAGCUUAAGCGACUACUCUUCCUCUGUCCCAUCGACGCCAAGCACCAGCCAGAAGGAACUGCGAAUCGAUGUCCCUCCCACUGCCAACACACCAACACCUGUCCGGAAGCAGUCCAAGCGCCGCUCCAAUCUCUUCACCUCUCGGAAAGGGAGUGACCCAGACAAAGAGAAAAAAGGCCUGGAGAGCCGUGCGGACAGCAUCGGGAGCGGUCGAGCCAUCCCAAUUAAACAGGGCAUGUUGCUGAAGCGGAGUGGCAAAUCGCUGAACAAGGAGUGGAAAAAGAAAUACGUCACCCUGUGUGACAACGGCGUGCUGACCUACCAUCCAAGUUUACAUGAUUACAUGCAGAAUGUUCAUGGUAAAGAGAUUGAUCUUCUGAGAACCACUGUGAAAGUCCCAGGGAAGAGGCCACCCCGAGCCACGUCGGCCUGCGCGCCCAUCUCCAGCCCUAAAACCAACGGCCUGUCCAAGGACAUGAGCAGUUUACACAUCUCACCAAAUUCAGGGAAUGUCACUAGUGCAUCUGGGUCUCAGAUGGCCAGCGGCAUCAGCCUGGGCUCCUUCGGCAGCCGGCCGGACGGCAUGCAGCAGCGCUCCUACUCUGUCUCCAGUGCCGACCAGUGGAGUGAGGCUACGGUCAUUGCAAACUCAGCCAUCAGCAGUGACACAGGGCUGGGUGACUCCGUGUGCUCCAGCCCAAGUAUCUCCAGCACCACCAGCCCCAAGCUCGACCCGCCCCCCUCCCCUCAUGCGAACAGAAAGAAGCACCGAAGGAAGAAAAGUACCAGCAACUUCAAAGCUGACGGGCUCUCCGGCACCGCUGAAGCCAAACGCAAGGCUUGGAAACUAAACCGUGUUGGUAGCCUGCGAAAUAUUUACAGCAGCAGCAGCACCAACACUGAAGAACAAGAAGAAAACUUUGAGUUUAUCAUUGUGUCCCUCACUGGCCAGACAUGGCACUUUGAAGCCACCACAUAUGAAGAGCGAGAUGCGUGGGUCCAAGCCAUCGAGAGCCAGAUCCUAGCCAGCUUACAGUCAUGUGAGAGCAGCAAGAAUAAGUCCCGACUGACGAGCCAGAGUGAAGCCAUGGCCUUGCAGUCUAUACGAAACAUCCGCGGGAACUCCCACUGCGUGGACUGCGAGACCCAGAAUCCGAACUGGGCCAGUUUGAACUUGGGAGCCCUCAUGUGCAUCGAGUGCUCAGGGAUCCACCGGAACUUGGGCACCCACCUUUCUCGAGUCCGGUCUCUGGACCUCGACGACUGGCCCAUCGAGCUUAUUAAGGUGAUGUCAUCCAUUGGGAAUGAGCUGGCCAACAGCGUCUGGGAAGAGAGCAGCCAGGGGCGGACGAAGCCUUCACUGGACUCCACAAGGGAAGAGAAAGAGCGGUGGAUCCGAGCCAAGUACGAGCAGAAGCUCUUCCUGGCACCGCUACCCUGCACGGAGCUGUCCCUGGGCCAGCACCUGCUGCGGGCCACCGCCGACGAGGACCUGCGGGCCGUCAUCCUGCUGCUGGCCCACGGCUCCCGGGAGGAGGUGAAUGAGACCUGCGGAGAGGGGGAUGGCCGCACAGCACUGCACCUGGCGUGCCGGAAGGGGAACGUGGUCCUGGCACAGCUCCUGAUUUGGUACGGGGUGGACGUCAUGGCCCGGGACGCCCACGGGAACACAGCACUGGCCUACGCGCGCCAGGCCUCCAGCCAGGAGUGCAUCGACGUGCUGCUGCAGUACGGCUGUCCCGACGAGCGCUUCGUGCUCAUGGCCACCCCCAACCUGUCCCGGAAGAACAAUAACCGGAACAGCAGCAGCGGGAGGGUGCCCACCAUCAUCUGAGGACUGCGCGCCCCCUGCCCGCCGCACCCGGGCGCCUGCAGCCUUGUGCCCUCUCUCGGAAGUCACGCCACGUGAGUCCCGUCGCGUCCCCACUCUGUUCCCGCUGGUCGCCUGCCACCUGCCCACCUGCCCUCACCCCACGCGAAAUCACAAAACCUGACCGUCCUUGCGGGGCGAAGAGGAGGCCAGGAGGCUGCCGAAUGGAGUCCUUUUCAUAAACUCCCCUAGCGACAAGCAGGAGCUACCGGCGGGCCUCGGUUUAUUGACGAUAGCACACAGCAAAGGACCCCCCCCCCGCCGCCCCUGUCUGGAGACCUGGAGCGCGGCACAAGGGACGGGGACGAGAGGGGGAGGGGAGGCAAGGAGAAAGGAGAAGGGUAACUCUCCUUAACCGGCAGUUAAGCACAUCAGUACACUUCACCUCUACCAAACGGAACACUCGGAUUUCAUCUCCUCUCCGAGGAGCUUGACGGCAUAAAUCAGAAGCAAGCAGAGUUUGUCAGGUUUGAAGCCCCUAUGAUGGUAUGUGUCAAAUCAGUUGUAGCUAAUCUGUCCAGGGAGAAUACUGGCUUCAUUACACUUGCAUAGUUGGGUUCUUCCAGCAUUACCGCUGUUUAAUAGAACAUGAUUAGUCAUCACCGAGAAGAAAGCAUAUUAGCUGGGGAGGUAGUUACGCAGCACGCUUCGAUGAUUGCCACGAUGUGAUUGCAAUACUUCUCAGAAGCAUCGUAUUAUCCCAGACAUGUUCUUUCGAGCCCUUGGAGCCCUCCUUUCUAAAUUCACUGUCAUAAUUUAGUAUCUGUUUAAUUUUUCAGUCCAAAGAGAGGAAAUCGGUUGCUGAGUAUUAUUUGACUGGAGUCUCCUUGGUGCAAAAACAAAAUGGAAAAAAUAAAUAAGAUUAAGUCGGAAAUUCGAAAGGAAAUCACAAAUUCAAGCUAAUAAUAACAUUUCGAGGCCAUGUAGUAAACUCGAUAAAGGCACAAAAGGCUUCUUUUUGUAAAUCUAAGAGAUUUUACUUCCUUUUGCCAAGGUGGAUGUCAUGGGUCUCAGUCACUGCCGGGCCACUCCUGAGUGUCACACAGGCUUCUGUGUCAUGUCUGUAGCUAAGAUUGUGAAAAUCUAUUUGAAUAAAAGAAGUUCAUAAAUAUGCAUUGAUUUUUGUUCAGACAAAUGGCACCUCUGUUAAUUUAUAAAUUGAACUGGAUGUGAACUAAUAACGUGCAACUAGUUGAGAUAAGAGAGUUACAGAUCGUUGUACACGGAAAGCACUCCCAGCAGCAAACACUUCCAUUAAUGUGAUCGACAGCUUUUAAAAAGGAAACUAUCAGAAGAUGAUGGUGGUACAAUUUGCUUAUUAAAAUCGAGAAAGAAAAAAAAAUGCCUAUGAGAGAAAGGAGAGGGAGACAUGUGAUUUCUCAUUGUUUAGAUCUGAUACCGCUUCUGCCAACCCAGAGGAGGGGGCCGUGGGGAAGCCAGGGAUGAGUUUCUGAGUCCCGGCCCCGGGUGCUGGGCAGAGGCAGGCCAUGACCAGCUGACUCGUGGGCACUGCUGGCACUUCACUGGGUGGCCAGACCCUCCAUUUCCUUUACUUUGGCACCUAACCUGCCAUCUCCGAGGUGUGGGAUGACUUCGGACUUAGCUGCCUUCAGCGUGAUGGCCAAACAGAGUAAAAAAUCAGAUCACAACACCUUAGGUUAAAAGGGAGGGGGUGGCUGUGCCUGGAACCCUUUAGCAAGUCCGAGUGUCUCCCUGGCAGGUGACCCUGGGUCCGCUGUCACCCAGGAGCAGGGCCAUGUCCGCCCAGCCACAUCUGCCCGCAGCCUCCAGGCAGGUCUCUCGCACUUCUGUGAUAAACCUAUUUUGUAAGAGUUUUUUCUCUUCUUUCACCUUUUAAGAAAAAAAUUUAAGUAGGUGGGGGAAAAAAUAAAGCUUUACACAGAAUUUAUAUGUGGGUCAGUGUUUCAUGGACAUGUGUAACCUUGAUUCCAUUGCGUGGAAGCCAGCAGGCUCCGGGAACAGCAGGUGUGGAAGCCAAGAAGCUGGGAACCUUGACAACAGGUCCCUAAUCCUACUCCCACCCCCCCACAGUUUUUAAAUUCUGUGUUUCAUCACUGUGUAGUUAUUUUAAAUGUGAAUAGAAAAAAAAAUGUCGUUGCCUAUUUUUGAAGAACGCAUCACUGUUCUGAUGCAGCUGUACACGUUUGCCUCUGCACAGCCUAGCUUCUAGCAUAGACUUUAUGUAGUGAACGCAGAUACAGCAUAAAUGAAAUUCUUAAAUUAUUUCAUUGUAGUUAACUCCCACUAUAGGAAUGCUCUAUUCAUAUAGCGAAGCCUUGUUUUGAAAAGAAAUGGAAUUCCUUGUCAGGCUUCCCUUUGAGAUAUAUAUGAGCGUGUACAUAUUAUCAUAUGUGUUUAUAAUAUAAUAUUUUCCCAAAUGAC